UAUGUAUGUGUUCAUUAUGUGUGCUUAAGCAAUAUCAUUGUAAAUAGUUUUGGCGGGCAUUGUCAUCGCCAACCGAAUAAUGGAUUUUGUUGGCAGCAGAAGUUUUAUCUUCAUUUGCAAAGCAAUAGAAAAUCAAUGCGACAUCCAAUACGGAGAAAAUUGCAAAGAUUUCCAGGAGUUACUCAAAUCAUUGACUCCUAAGGAAAAGCUUCUAGCAUCGAAAUACUUUUGCCAGCUGCCUUGGAAGAUUGGAACGCUACGGGUCCUUCGCCAAUUUCAAGACUUGAGACUGUUAACCGCCACGGAAUACAUCCUAAGCAUUCAGAAUAAUGUGCAGGUGCAACUUGUUCUUAAUGAGUUUCUCGAAGCUGAGUACGAGCUCCUGGAAAACAUUUUUAUAUCGGCGGCAUAUGACUCGUUUAAUGCCAUUAUACUUAAUGCCGCAUUGGAAGACUUGUUUUAUCAUCUCUUUAACGAUCUGGCAUCCAAUCCAAAAAUAAGUAGUUUGGCUUACUUAGCUCCGUUAUGCAAGUCACUACCAGCCAAUGUGUUAACGAAAGUUAUGCAUACGCACAUACACAUUCUAUUGAAUCUACACGCCAGUGAUAUAAACCAAGCAUUUAUCCAUUUUAGCGACUGGAUUAACAAAGGGGUUGAUGAACUCGUAUUUAUUAAGGUGUUGUGUGAAAAGCUCUUCUUGAAUAGUCAGGAAGAUGUGCUUAACUAUUUAUUUAAAUUGUCUACCUUGGAACAUUUUAAGGAGUGGAAGUUUUACGUAAUAUUGAUUCAAUCAAUAGCGAGCACGAGUAACGCUGAUACAACGAUGUUUCUGAAACAAUAUCUCAAGUCUCGAUUACUGAAAAUCGGAGGAGCGCCGUGUAAGCUGUCCAUGUUACAUCUCUUAUUAACUGCUCGCGCUGCUACUGCUAGAACGAUGAGUGUAAAACAUAAUUUAGAUGCCUACGCUAGUUGGUACAAAGAAAACAUCUGUGAGAUGAACUACAUGAUGGAUGUAGAACGGUUCCAAAACGUCUUAAAUUUGUUACAAGAAUGCAUAACGUACGAAAAGGAGCAGCAGUAUCUUGAAAUACAUGCAGCAAUGGCCAUCUCACCACCACCACUUUGUGGAAAAUUAGUGCAAGCGUAUAGAAGUAAGUGCAAGGCUCACUUGAUCCAGUUGAAGGGGUGCUUAAAACGUAAAGCAUCCAUCGAAAUGGUAGAUUAAACAAAAGCAAAAAUAACAAAUUUAUA